UUUCCCAAGCUGUGACUGCGUCUGGUGUGCGUCUCUCUUUCUGUAAAUGUUGGCUGUUAAAAUGGCGGAAUCUGGUGCUGUUCCUAGCGAUCUUUACCCGUAUAUCUAUUCAUUCCUAAUUGAAAAUCGCUUUGAAAAAGCUGCAAAAGCAUUUGCUAAGCGGACAAAUACUACUUUAAAUGCUCAAGAUCCCAGCUCUGCAUCACUUGUAGAUAUCUUUGGUUUCUGGAUAAAAUCACCAGAAGCCAAGAAAAGGAAACUAACAUCCAACGGACCUGCUGCAAAGAAAGCCAAGAAGGAUGAGUCUUCAAGCAGUUCCGAUAGCUCUAGUGAUGAGGAACCGCCAGCCAAGAAACCAGCAGUCAAGCCAGCUGUACCACCUAGUAAAACCAUGGGGAAAGCUGCCCCCACAAAGAAAGCAGAGAGUAGUAGCAGUGAAGAUUCAAGUGAUGAGUCUGAAUCCAUGAAGAAAACUACCCCUGCAAAGAAGAGUACUCCUGCAACGAAGAAACUUGAAGUAAAGAAGCCUGCUGUUACUCCAGCUCCAGGGAGGAAAAAGGAUGAAAGUUCCAGCAGUGAAGAAUCUGAUGGCUCGGAGGAUGAGAAGCAAACUGCCAAACCUGCUACUAAACCAGUUACUGCAAAGACAGCUAGUGGGAAAGCUGCAGCAACCAGCAGUGAUUCAUCCAGUGAUUCCAGUGAUUCAGAAGAUGAAAAACCAGUUAAGAAGCCAAUUCCAGCAAAAAUUACACAAGUAAAAGAUAAGGUUAAUGCCAAGCCUGCAGCAAAAGUUACACCAGCCAAGCCUGCAGCAAAAGUUACACCAGCCAAGCCUGCUGCUAAAGAGAGCUCUAGCAGUGAGGACAGCUCAGAUGAUGACACUCCAGCAACAAAAAGCAAACCAAAGUCAGGACCAUACAAUGCAGUUCCACCGCCAUCUGUUUUAAAGCAGGGAGCGCCUUCAUCAGCAAACAAGAAGCUAGAUGCUAAAACUUCAGCUGCUGUGUCAAAGCCAGCUGCUGCAGUGCCGAAGGCCCCUGUCAAGAAGGCAGAGUCCAGCUCUGAUAGCGAAUCUGAUUCUUCCUCUGAUGAGGAACCAGCCGCGAAAAAAAUUGCUAAGACAGCAACACCAAAGACGCCUUCUGCAAAACCAGCUCCAUCAAAAGCAGCUGCUGUAAAAUCUGCUAAAAAGGAUUCCAGCUCUUCAGGUAGUUCAGAUUCUAGUUCUGAUGAAGAACCAGCUACAAAAACACCCGCCAGUGCAACAAAAACUGCCCCUCUGAAAACUGCUUCCACAAAGCCAGCUGCUAAAGCAGCAGCUCAUGUAAAACCUGCAGAGGCUAAAAAGACUUCUAGCUCUUCAGACAGUUCAGAUUCUAGCUCUGAUGAGAAACCACCUGCCAAAAAAGCUGCCAUUGCAGCUAAGGUUACCGCUUCUUUGAAGGCAGCUUCUGCAAAGCCCACUCCACCUAAAGCAGCAGCUCCUGUAAAACCUGCCACAGCUAAAAAAGCUUCCAGUUCAUCAGACAGUUCAGAGACCGAUAGUUCUGAAGAGGAUGCCCCUACAAAAUCACGUGUUAAAGGUGCUGCUAAACCCCCUGCGUCAGCUGCCUCUGCAAAACCUGGUAUACCAAAAGCUUCAGCUAAAAAGCCAGAUAGUAGCUCUGACAGUUCAGAUGAGUCUGCAGCAAAUGUGAAAAAUAAGAAAACACCAACAGCUAAGUCACCAAAUAUUCCUGCUAAGCCAGGUCCCAAACCUCCAGCAACUGCAGCAGCCAAAGCUGCAGCUAAAAAAGACAGUAGCUCAGAUUCUGACAGUUCCAGCAGUGAUGAAGAGCCAGCAAAGCCAGUGACCAAGAGCCCAGCAACAGCACUCGCCAAAAGCCCAGCAGUGGUCACAGGCAAGUCACCAGCCAGGAACACUUUAGCAGCAGGUAAAAAAAAGGCUGGAGAGAGCAGCAGUUCUUCUGAUAGCUCUAGUGAAGAGGAAGAAAAACCCAAACCCAAGACUGUUCAGGCAAAAAAGCCAGUCACUACUCCCAGUAUGCAGGCAUCAAAGGCUUCCACAAAAAAGACUGAGAGCAGCAGCAGUUCUGAAAGCAGUUCAGACUCUGAUGAGACUGAAAAGACUAAAUCAGGCAGUGCUUCAGCCAAGACUCCAGCCUCUACCCCAAAGUCUGUGACUAACACACCAAAAGCACCAUUGUCUGCCCAAGGUAAAAAGAAGGCAAAUGAUAGCAGUUCGGACAGUUCUUCUGAGGAAGAAUCUCCCAAGCCAAAGGUCAAAGUAACACCAACCUCUAAAGCACCAUCUUCUACAUCAAAACAGUCUGGAAAAAAACCUGCUGAGGAGAGCAGCUCAGAAGAAAGCUCUGAGGAGGAGGAGAAUGCCAGUGCAUUAGUCAAUGGUUCAGUUAGUAAGAAAAAAAAACAAAAGGGUUUGAGUAAAGAUGAUACAUCAGUAAAUACUCCUGUCAACAAGAACAUAACACAGAAAACUCCAAAUACAUUUCCAAAAAUGAAAGAGAAGAAGACACCUGUAAGUAAUACUCCUUUCCGUAGAGUAAGAGAAGAAGAGAUUGAUGUUGACCUUCGACUGGCCAGCAACUCCUUUGACGCAAAGAAAGGAGCAGAUGGAGACUGGGGAGAGAAAGCCUACAGCAUUUUGAAGUACACCAAAGGAAAAUCAUUCAGACAUGAAAAAACAAAGAAAAAGCGUGGCAGUUAUCGAGGUGGUGCCAUUUCCACUCAAGUGAAUUCCAUAAAAUUUGACAGCGAGUGAGCAGUUUCAGUGCUGUGCUCAUAUAGACUAAAUUUUUUUAAUUCUGGAGUUUUGAUCAAAUCCAUCUCCUCUGUUGCAGGAGGCAGGGAUCAAUAUUUUAGAGACGUCAUGAACUACAUUGGCUGCAUGAUAAACACCACCAGGCACCUUUGACAGCAUCAGUAACGUUUUAGUUGUGAUCAGAUCUCUGAUCAUCCCAUUUGACUGAGGACUUAAGCUGUCCAACUUGGCUGGCUUUAGCCAUCAUGAUUGUGAUAAAUACUGUAAUGACAAUUACAGAUACUUUCAGUUUUUAUUUAUUUUUUCAUGUUUCAGAGAAUUUUUGUGAUUGGGGAUUUUUGGCCAGGUAAACUUAACGCUCACAGGUACCAUUUGCAGCAGUGAGCCCAAGCCAUUGUACGCUGAAUAUAAUUGUCUUCUGGGAACAGUGUUGUGCCAUUGUUAUGCUUCAGCCUCCUUUCCCUAUAAUAAUCCUGACAAAAGUUUUUUUUCCAUUUUGGAAAGUAAAGGACUUUGGAGUGAAACCUAACUCAUCUAGCAUGUUUAAGCUCAUGACCCCAAAGGUUGUUUUAGUAGCCCAUGUCUUGUCUACUGAAAAUUAACUCUACAGUAAUUUGAAAAUGUGAAUCUUUGUUGGGCCUAUUGUCUCAUCUUUCAUUUGACUCGUGUAGUUCUCAGUUUCCAACCCUUGUUUAUUUGUAACUUUAAGCUGACUGAUUUUUUUUGUCUUAAUAGUGACAGUACACCAUUUUGAUUCUUGGGUUGCUUUUAGUCACCUAAAUUGAAGACUUGUAGCUCAUUUUUAAACGGCUCUUUGUAAAAUAUUUUUUCUACAGAAAAUCUCAUUCAUUAAAUUUCUUUAAAGUGAA